ACUUUUUGCUGUAAACUGAAAACGAAGCCGCGAAGAGAUGAAAGGAGAGAACUUGUUUCUGCAGAAAACCAGAAGGCAUGUGGGCGGCAGGAAUCUCUCUCUCUUUCCCAUUUUACGCAUACCCGAAACCCAUUAACAGUCUCCGUAGCUCUGUUUUAAAAAGUACGGGCUCCAAGUCUUUGAAGCUCAAAGCUUCCUUCUUCGACUAUCCACUGGCAAGCAAAAUAUUGGUGAAAAAUAUACCGUAUUCCACCAGUGAGAAUAGUUUGCAGGAGAAAUUUUCGAAUUUCGGCCAGAUAGCUGAAGUUAAACUAGUCAAGGAUGAAACCUCAAGAAGGUCCAAGGGGUAUGCGUAUAUUCAGUAUACCAGUCAAGAUGAUGCUAUGCUUGCCCUGGAAAAUAUGGAUCACCAGAAUCUCGAUGGCAGGAUUAUCUACGUAGAGCUUGCAAGACCUGGGAAAGAUGCUUAUGGAGAAUACCCGAAAACCUCUGGUCCCCCAAAGAAGCCGGAUUUGCAGCAGCAAGAGGAAGUUUCAGACUGCUGGUACUGAGAUCUUGAUAGGAAACAACAGUACACGCUCGAUCUGUUAAAAUUUGAUGAGGAGGCGGGAUGCAAAAGCAGAUUUCACUCCUGCAACCCAAUGGGGCACAAAGCAUUAACAUUGUGGAGCUAUUAGCCCAAGGGCUGUGAUUCUGUGAAUGUCAUCACUGUAUACUAUAACUGUAUGUUUGGAACAAUUUGGCUGUGGUUGUAAACUCCCAUCCAACUUUGUCAAAAAUACACCAAUUAAGAUCCAUCAUAGGAUUUGAAACCAA